UGGUGUGUCUGGUUUACUCGUGAAGUUACGCAGAGAAAAACAAAGGAAUCAACACCUCGCCUCAGUCCCAGCGCAGACGUGGCUCACAUAACACACUGCGGAUACCAGAUAAGACGAGAUCACGACGUUGUCCCCUUAUAACGAUGGCGUGGUUUCCUGGUCUUGUGCUCCUGCUGUUCACGGUUCCUCUGACGGACUCCUCUCCUUCGUUCAUCCCUCCGACCUGUUACUCCAAAGUCCUGAGUAUGGCGCGGGAGGCUACGCAAUGGGCCGCUUACUUCAAGAACCACUAUGAGACAAGUCAGUGUAUGGCUCACAUGCCUGACCUGCGCCUCGAUGUUCACAACGCGUGUGUGAUGUACAAGAUGAGGACGUACAUCUCUCUGCUGGAGGGAGUCAGGGACAGACGCUGUGCCUACACUGCAGACGUGCACCGACUCGGACACACCCUCAGACGGCUCUUCAUCAUCAUGUCCCAGAAGUGCCACGGGGACCUGGUGUUUACCAUCUAUGACUGUGCUGCUCUGGAGAAACCUGGGUACUACUGAGCUCCACUGUACGGAACAUCAGCUGCGAAACACCUCACCAAAAACACCUAAAAUGAAGUGUUCUUGAGACGUUCUGCACAUUAAAAUCAUAUAAGCAAAGCA